AUGAGUGGCCAGGUCAGCCAGGCUGCCCCAUUUUCUGCAAGCAGCGUGUGGUGGCCGAGCGCAACACCGGAAUGCCCAGACCCGGAGCUGCCCCCUGCACAGCCUGUCAACAGAUUAACAGGUCAACAAUCCCAGUUGCAAAAAACCGGGCGUUUGUGGAACAGCAUCCAAACACAGGAAGACGAGGUGCCAACAAGCACUGGGGACUGGGAACGACCGGCCAGACGGCGUUGCCUCAGCCUCCGCUCUGGCGGACCGGUAUCGAGCACCGUUGCUCACUCCCCCUCGGUUAAGCUGCUUCCCCAGAUAAGACGCUCUGAGAGUAGGGCAGCAAAACGGCGCGGGCGGGCAACACGGCGCCGUCCCACACAGCGUCGCCGCACGGAGGCACCACCCCAGCCCCCGCUGAGGCGCACCCCGCCCGCCCAGGAGCGGGGCGGGCCGGGGGCGGGCCGCGGGGCCGCACCGAGCCCCGCACCGGAGCAGGGCGCUGACGCCGCCGGAGCGCAGCCUCCUCCCCCAUCCGCUGCGAGCGGCGCCCGCGCUGCCACAUCGGCACGGCCGCUCCGCCAGGCGCUUCCCGGAGCAGAGCGGGAGCCCCCGCGUGCCGGGAGAUGGAGCUCCGCUGCCGCGCUUGCUGCCACCGCCGCUGCCGCCCGCCGGGACCCGCGCUCCGCCAGGGCCGCCGCUGCGACUGCCGGGCCGGGCAGCGCGGCGCCGCCGCCUAACGCCGCAGCCGAGGGGGAGGCCCUCCGCCCGCAGAGCCCCCUCCUUCCCGCCCUCCCGCCGCCGCUUCCCCGCCCCCGCCCGGCGCGGCCGGGCUCCGCCGCCCGGAGCGGGCCAUGGCGAGGCGAUGAGGGAGCGGCCGCCCCUGCCCGCAGGCUGCGAGGGGAGGCGGGGAGCGACGGGGUCGGGCGGCUCGGGGGGAUGUGGGGUGCGGGGGCCGCGGCGCUGCAGCUGCUGUCCCGGGCCGUGAGGCAGGGUGCCCGGCAGGAGCUGGGCCGCUGGCUGUCCCGGGCGGCCGGCACGGCGGCGGGAGGCGGCGGCGACCCCGGCGGCUUCGUCCCGGCGGACGCCGGCGGGCUGCUGCUGGGGCCCUACGCGGAGCAGGGCGGGCUGCCGCCGGCAGAGCUGCUGCUGUGCCCGCUGCCCGAGGCGGGCGGCGGCGGGCCCGGGCUGACCGAGGCCCGCGGCUGGCGCUGCUCCUGCUGCCUGCUGGGCACCUGCUGGUGCAAGAGCUGCCUUAGCGUGUGCGUCCUGGCGGCCCUGUGCUUCGCCUCGCUGGCCCUGGUGCGCCAGUACCUGCGCGACCUGCUCCUGUGGGCGGAGAGCCUGGACAGCCUUGCCGGUGUGCUGCUCUUCACCGUGGGCUUCAUCGUCGUGUCGUUCCCCUGCGGCUGGGGCUACAUUCUGCUCAACGUGGCUGCCGGCUACCUCUAUGGCUUCGUGCUGGGCAUGGGGCUGAUGGUGCUGGGCGUCCUCGUCGGCACCUUAGUGGCGCACGUGGCCUGCCGGCGGCUGCUGGCCCGCUGGGCGCUGGACAGGAUCCAGAGCAGCACGACGCUCAGCGCCGUCGUCCGCGUGGUGGAGGGCGGCAGCGGGCUCAAGGUGGUGGCCCUGGCGCGCCUGACGCCCAUCCCCUUCGGGCUGCAGAACGCCGUCUUCGCGGUUACAGAUCUGUCGCUGCCCAACUACCUGAUGGCUUCUUCAGUUGGGCUGCUUCCUACUCAGCUCCUGAACUCAUACUUGGGAACUACCUUGCGCACCAUGGAGGACGUGAUCGCAGAACAAAGUGUUAGUGGCUAUUUUAUAUUCAGUUUACAGAUUGUUAUAAGCAUAGGACUUAUGUUUUAUGUUGUUCACCGAGCUCAAGUGGAACUGAAUGCAGCUAUUGUAGCGUGUGAGAUGGAGAUGAAGACAUCUCUUGUUAAAGACUGCCAGCCCAGCAUCAGUGGUUCGACAACAUACUGCAACAAAAGGACAGUAGCGUUCUCUGGGGGAGGUGUCAAUAUUGUGUGAUUUCAAGUAUUAAUAAAAUAAGGUUUUUGUGAACCUAA